UUAGUGUUGCUACAAAAAUAAAUAUGUUGUAAACAAGACUACAUUAAUUUAAAAGAAAAAUUAUAAAAAAAAAAAUCAAAACGGUUUCUUUUUCUCAAUAAUAAAGGAAACAUAAAAAGUGAACAAAACCUUAAGAUUAAAUCCUCCGCAUAAAAUAAUAAAAAAAAUAUUCAUAAAUAACAACAAAAAGAAUAAAAGAAUUCAAAACAUUAAAUCCAGUAGACCUUAAAUGGCAGAGGGAGAAAUAACUUUGGAAGUGGCUAAAAUAACUCCCAUGAUGUCAGCGGGUACAAAUAUUGAUUGGUUACUUCAUAUUUACUUUGCUCGCAAAGAUUUCGAACGUUGCAAAAAGCUAAUAGACCGUGAACUGUACAGACACUUAAAUCCGGAGUAUCUCUAUUUUGUUAAGGGUUUAAUAGACCGUGAGGAAGGCAACAAUAUUGAAGCUUUGCGAAAUUUACAAAAAUCCUUGGAAUUAAAUUCUCAGAAUAUUGAGAUUUACAAAGAAAUUGGAAAAACAUUAUUCAUGAUGGGACGUUACAAUCAAUCUUUGAGUAUAUUUCGCGAAGCUGAAGAACUAUCAACACGUUUGGAUCAUGAAAUUUUCCAUUUCAUUGGUGAGUUAUUGUUACGCUCGGCAGCAUCGCGCAAUCAAUUAGAAUUGGCACAUCAAGAGGAAUUAGAAGCAAAAACAUAUUUUCAAAAAGCCGUACAAACUGGCAAAAAACUUGAAAGUUUUCAACGUUUAGCUGAAAUACAUCGUAAGGAAAAGGAAUACAAUAAAGCCAUUGAGGUACUGGAGAACUGUUUGCUCCUGUCGCCUGAAAAUACAGAUGUUUUGACGGAAAUUGGUGUUUUAUAUUUGAAGCUUAACGAAACACAAAAGGCUUUUGAUCGCCUAUUAGAAGUCAUACAGUUCGAUAAGAAUUGUUUACGCGGCUUAAUGGCAUUUGGUGCCAUAUUACAGUCCCGCAACGAUGUUGAUGGUGCCUUGGGAAAAUAUAGAGAGAUUGCUGCCCUAAAGCCAGACAUUGCUGAAUUAUGGAAUAAUAUUGGUUUGUGUUUUUUCAAAAAACAAAAUUGAUUGUGGUAAGUAGAAGGAUAAAAUAUCAUUUUAUUUAUAGUAAAUUCCACAAAUAAAAUAAUUCAUUUCCAUAGCAUAGAGUGGGCAAUUUAUUAGCUUUCUCUUAUCUUUUUCAUAGCACAACAGUAUGCCAGUGCUUUUCAUACUUUAGCAGCCGCCAUAAAUUUACGCAAGGAUAAUGCUGAAUGCUAUAUGCUACUUGGUAUUUGUUUACGCAAACUUGAGGAUUUCGAUAAUGCCUUCACAGCAUUUGAACGUGCCAGUGCAAUCUCUGCCGCAGCAGUUGCCACUUCAACCACUUCAUCAUCUACAGCUGCCACAGCUACAGCCUCUAACUCUGCGACAAACAAUCAAAGUGUGAAUAGUAAGACUACUACUGGAGGUAACACUAGCAGUAGUACGUCCCAUAAUCCUUUAAUACAUCUAAAUUUUGCACUAUUUUGUUAUGAAACUGGUCGUUUGGCGUUGGCUACGGAACAAUAUAAUCGCUUUGUUGGUUGUGCCCAGGAUUUGAUGCUGUUGCCAACUGAAUAUAAGUUUCAAGCAACCAAACUGAAAUCCUUAUUGAAAAUUUCCUCAAGUCAUAUUUUAAGUUGCGGUGACACAGCAAAUACUUCUGCAACUGCUGUUGUUGUUGCCAAUGAUGCUGUUGAUAUAGAGGCAGCAGAUUUUGCAACAAAUACUACAAAAGCUGAUGAUGAUGAUGCCAGCGUUAGCAAUAUUUACAAUUAUGUAAAUGUUAUCGAAAGAAGAAACAAUGUUCCGGAUGACUAUGAUGAAGAAGAAGUAGAAGAAGAUGAGAAAGUAAAGGAUGUGGUAGAACAACGACAGCAACGUUUGAAAAAUGACAACAGCUACAAUGACAAAUACAAUGUCAACGCUGACAAUGAUAAAGACAAAGAGAACAAUGAUUUUGCCAGAGUUUCGGAGUAUAAUGACACAAUGUUUGUGAAACAAAAAUCGAAAUUACCAUUAGAAGUAAAUGCAGUGGUCAACUGAGAAUUGUGCAACAAAACUAAAGAGUGACUAACCAACCGACCAAACAACUGACGACUAAAUGUUAUUUUGUUUCUCUUUUUGUUUAUGGUUACAUGUUUAAAAUAAAUAUUGUCAUAGAAAUAGUUCAUGCAUAUAAUUUUGAAUAAAAAAGUUCGUGA